AUGCAUGAUGAGCAGCGGAGGGUCGGAGUGGACAGCGGAGGGUCGGAGUGGACAGCGGAGGGUCGGAGUGGCCAGCGGAGGGUCGGAGUGGCCAGCGGAGGGUCGGAGUGGACAGCGGAGGGUCGGAGUGGACAGCGGAGGGUCGGAGUGGCCAGCGGAGGGUCGGAGUGGACAGCGGAGGGUCGGAGUGGACAGCGGAGGGUCGGAGUGGACAGCGGAGGGUCGGAGUGGACAGCGGAGGGUCGGAGUGGACAGCGGAGGGUCGGAGUGGACAGCGGAGGGUCGGAGUGGACAGCGGAGGGUCGGAGUGGACAGCGGAGGGUCGGAGUGGACAGCGGAGGGUCGGAGUGGACAGCGGAGGGUCGGAGUGGACAGCGGAGGGUCGGAGUGGACAGCGGAGGGUCGGAGUGGACAGCGGAGGGUCGGAGUGGACAGCGGAGGGUCGGAGUGGACAGCGGAGGGUCGGAGUGGACAGCGGAGGGUCGGAGUGGACAGCGGAGGGUCGGAGUGGACAGCGGAGGGUCGGAGUGGACAGCGGAGGGUCGGAGUGGACAGCGGAGGGUCGGAGUGGUCAGCGGAGGGUCGGAGUGGACAGCGGAGGGUCGGAGUGGACAGCGGAGGGUCGGAGUGGACAGCGGAGGGUCGGAUUGGUCAGCGGAGGGUCGGAGUGGACAGCGGAGGGUCGGAGUGGACAGCGGAGGGUCGGAGUGGACAGCGGAGGGUCGGAGUGGACAGCGGAGGGUCGGAGUGGACAGCGGAGGGUCGGAGUGGACAGCGGAGGGUCGGAGUGGACAGCGGAGGGUCGGAGUGGACAGCGGAGGGUCGGAGUGGCCAGCGGAGGGUCGGAGUGGCCAGCGGAGGGUCGGAGUGGACAGCGGAGGGUCGGAGUGGACAGCGGAGGGUCGGAGUGGCCAGCGGAGGGUCAGCAGGUUGAAUUUUUUUUCCAGCUGA